AUGGGGAAAAAUCUAAUAGACAUUCCAAAGGUUCGCCAUAUGUUCGAAUGUGCAAACGAAAUGCUGCGAACGAAUUUAAUGAAAACUUGCCUCGAAGGUCCAUCCGCAAAGUUGGAUCAAACAUUACAUUGCCAACCAGCAGUUUAUACUGUGUCAUUGGCUGCAGUAACCAAGCUACAAGAGGAUGAUCCUGAUGUAAGUGAUGUGAACUAUUCUAAACCCCCUCAGGUUGUAGAAAAGUGUGUGGCCACUGCUGGUUUCAGUUUAGGCGAAGUAACCGCUCUUGUUUUCGCCGGUGCCUUGACAUUUGAGCAAGGAUUGCAUCUAGUUCGUGUGCGUGCUCAUGUUAUGCACGAGGCGAGUGAACGCGUCAAAGGCGCUAUGUGUUCGGUUUUCUUAGAUCAUACCUCGCAGCUAAAACUGGCUAUACUGGCUGCAAAGAAUCAUUGUGAAACAACGCUCAGGUUGGACAAACCAUAUUGUGCUGUUGUGAAUUACUUGUACUCUGAAUGCAAAGUUGUGGCCGGUAAUUUAGCGGCAAUAGAAUUUAUCGAACAGAAUGCUGCCCAAUUCGGUAUUCGACGAGUAAAACGGUUGCAAGUUUCGGGCGCGUUUCAUACACCGUUGAUGGAAUCUGCCACGAAACCCUUUUCGAAUGCCUUUGCAAGCGUGGGCGAAAUCAAAACACCGGCGAUUCCCGUGUUAAGCGCUGUGGACUUAGUGCCUUAUCGGAGUUCAGACAAUAUCAAACGAAAGCUGGUCUCACAGCUGGUUCGUCCGGUCCUUUGGGAACAAACACUCCAGGCAAUGUAUGAAAGACCACCGGGCGCUCCGUUUCCUGUCACUGUUGAACCCGGCCCAGGAAGACAGUUGGGUGCAAUGUUACGAAUGGUCAACCGAAAAGCCUUCGAACGUUACAAAAGUAUCGAAGUAUGA